CUCUUCCUCCGCGACCCCUCUCUCGCGCACUCCCUCUCUUCGCCUCGCCCUAUUUCAUUCCGAACUGAACCACACGCACACCAAACAGCCAUUAUUCAUAUUCAUUUCUUUCAAUCGUGAACAUCUGCAAAGCUGCUAUGUGGUCCACCUUCUUUCUGCACGAAGAGGAUGGCAGGCCGAUUCCACCAGGGGUGGGCGUAGGACCAGGAGCAGGUCCACUGGGACUGACCGGUGUCAUGGGUGGCAGAGGGGCUUGGGCUGGUGCUAUGGGAGUUAAGCGCCGGGCAAAAGCGUUGACAUCGAGACACCCAGGGGGCAUGAGCGAGGUCCAGAAGGGCAAGAUCAAGCUGGCGUUCUUCGUGGCCAUCAUGGGCGUGGUAUUGACAGUCUUGGGCUUGGGCACAGAGUAUUGGGUGGAGCUGUCCCCGCCCAAGAACUUCUACAACAACCAGACAUGUCUGGCGGCUCACUACGGGCUGUGGAAAGGAUGCUCCCGGACUCUGUGGGUGGCGGACAUAGACCCUGAGCGAGAGAGCUGUGGGCCGGCUGAACUGCCAGGAGAAUCUCACUGCAACUACUUCAAGUUCUACACCACUGGAGAGAAUGCCGUCAUCUUCCAGAAGACAACAGAAAAGAGUCUGAAUGUGGCGGCAGCCAUGAUGGCCCUCUUCGGUCUCUUCCUGAUGGUCAUGGGGGCCAUAUGCAUCACCACAGCCCUCAGCAAAGGAGAAUUGUUCUUCCUCAAGCCUGCUUCGGUUUGCUUCAUUCUGUCAGGCCUCCUGAUGCUCCUAUCUCUUACUGUUUUCAACCAAUCGGUCCUCUCCUUCCUAGCCAGUGACCACUCGGUGCCUUUGCAUCACGAGCUGUCUUGGUCAGUGUCCUGUAUUGGGUGUGCAGGGGCCAUGCUUAUUUUGGGCGGAAUCUUCUUUCUCUUGCUUGCACUACCAUUCAGUCCCUGGCAAAGGUGUUUUCCCCCAAAAAAUGAAAGUGACAGCUAGUGGCGAGAAGGAAGUAUUGCACUUUAUCUGUAUGUCUUAUAACUGUUGUUGAGAAAUGGUGUCUCUUGCAGUCUUACAUUUUACGAAGAUGUUCCUCGUCUUAAAUGUUUUUUCUCUCCUUAUUUUGCAUAAAUCAGUAGAGCUCAUUAAAGGGACGUUAUACUGCUCUUGACCUAUGAAAGCUGAAUAAUUAACACUUACGAUAACCAGGUUUCCAUCCAACAUUUUUAUGCGAGUAAAAUGCGUGUUGAAUAACAAAAUGUAUUGACAGGCGUGAUGGAAACAUAUUUUGGGCGGGGUAAACUUUCCAAAUGUCAACAAAACAAAAUACGCUAGACAAGGUGGGAUCUUUCUUUGUCGGUAAAAUGAAUUAUGCGAGAAAUGUCGGUGGAAACGAUUUUAACCAUCAUAUGGAGUAAACUUUGAGUCACGUAAUGACAUGUUGUGUGGUCCUCCCCACUACGAAAGCAUGGGAAAGCAUGCAGUCUAUUAGGCUACAGAUUAAAUCAUUUAUGACGAACUUCACAGGCUGGUGAAAGUGCAAGGUGAUGAGCUUGAUGCUCCUUUCCAAUAAAUAUUGAGGGUCUUAUUCUGGUGAACUGAUAAUCGAUGCUUGGCUGCCGUUUGACAAAUAAAAAGAAUGUUGCUCUUUUGUCCAUAGUAAUGGUAGGCUAUAGGUGUGCUCUAGCCAACAGCGAAAUGCGCGUUAUUGGCUUCAAGCUCAAGUGACAAUACCAGUGUAGGCGCACACGUUAUAUAACACAACCUUUUUUUGUGUGUGAGAAAACCAUCAGUAGAGUUGAAAAUGCGAUGAAAACCCAUUUAAUUUGUAUUUUUUAUUGGGUACGUGGGAAUGUAAAAGCAAAAGGUAUUUUAUGUGCACGACUUCAUCACGCACAGCCUUUUAUCUUCAAUAAGUACAUUUGAUGGAAAAAUGUCUGGAGGGAAAAUGCACAUAUUUGUUUUUAUGCGGAUUUUAGAAUACUCACGUGAACAUCUGUCACCAAUUGGAUGGAAACCUAGCUACUGACACGUUUCUUGGCAGAAUCAAAGGUGUUAGUUGCAUGUGCAAAAUGUCAUGUGCUGGUAUGUUCAAACAUCACCCCAAGUUUUUCAAAGUAAUAUUAAAUUCAUGUAACAACAACAACUGUUAACAGUUGUUUUUUGAAUUUGUAAACAUCACUUCUUAAGUAUUUUUGCCAAAACUUUGAUGAUAUUGUGAUCGACAGUCUUAUUAGAGAGUAUUAAGGCUAGGCGUCCCGCUAGCGGGACAACUUCCUGUGAAACUGGAGGGCGCGCAAUUCAAAUAAAUAAUCAUAAAAAGAUUAAUAUUAAACAUGUAGGUACAUACAAGUGUCUUAUAUCGGUUGAAAG